AUGGACUCGUUUUCAGAUUCUGGUGAACUAUAUCUGAUUAGAUACCAAUUUUAUACAAACCAACAUCAAAAAGUCACAGAAUAUAAUUUGCAAGAUUUUUCACCAGAAAACCAAUUAAAAGUACUUGAAUAUCAAAUUAGAUCAACAAUAGAAUUAAAUUUAGAUGCUUCAACCCUCAUAGAAAAUGGACGUACUAUUUUCCCAGAUGAUGGGAAUGUGUUUCAAUUAUUACAAGCAUGGAAUGACUUAAAUGAUUUUGGAACUGAUGAUUCAACAUAUUUUGAAGAUUUAAAAGAAGCAAAAUUUGAAUUACAAGCUAUAUUAACUACUUUUUAUUUAAUUAAAUUUGAAAAAGAUUUUGAUCAAGGAAUACAAUUUUUAAAUAAUUAUCUAGAAAAUUUAAAUAUUUCUACAAAAUAUAAUGAAAUUGAGAUUUUCUUAGUGUUAAUUCAAUUAAAUUCAAUAAAAGGAAAUUAUUCAAAAGUUAAAACCAUAUUUAUGCAAUUAAAUCAAUUUCCAGAUUUUGUAAGAGAUAAUAUAAUUUAUCAAAUUAUAGAAAGUUGGUAUAAAUCAAUUCAAAAUGGUUCAGAAAAUUUAAAUAAUUGUUUUUAUUUUUAUGAUGAAAUUUUAAAUAAUUCAUUUAAUGAUGAUGAUUUAAAGGGGAAAAUUCAUAAUUUAUUAAUAUUAUUUAUUUUAAAUUUACAAUUAAAACAUUAUCCUGAAUCUCAAGAAAUUUUAAAACAAAUUGAAAAUUUAAAAUUAGAUAAUAAUGAAAAUGAUAUAAAGAUUAAAGAUGAAGAAUUUGAUGAUUUAUUAGCAAAUAAAAUAACUUUUGAUAGAUUAAUUAAUUUUGGUAAUGAUUCAGAUAAAUUAUUAGAAGAGUUGAAAAAUAUUAAUAGUGAUCAUGAAUUAAUUAAGGAUGAAGAAGCUAAAAACGAAUUAUUUGAUUCUAUAGUUUCCAAAUAUCAAACAACUCCUGUAUAG